AUGGGUAAUUGUUUAAGUGAAUAUUUUGGGAAUAAUUCUAAUAAUUCUCAUGAAAGAUUAGGUGAUGAUAGCAACCAAACAUUAAGAGAAAAUCAUCGCGAUAAUAGAAAUGUACCUACAUCAUAUGUAAAUGAACUUUAUAUUAGUUCACAAACUGCUAUGCAACAACAACAAUUAGAAAAUGAAUUACAGGAACAAAAAAGGCGUGCUAGAAUUACGGGACUUCUUGAACAAAUUCCUAUUGAAAAAUAUAAUGAAAUUACAAUGUCACAUUGUGAUGAAUGUACUAUAUGCAUGAUGGAAUUUACAAAUAAUACUGAUAUACGAACUUUACCCUGUAAACAUAUUUAUCAUUCUGGAUGUAUUGAUGACUGGCUUCUUCGAACAUUUGCCUGUCCAAUGUGUAUGACACCAGUUGACUCUUCUAUUUUAACAUCCUUUACUGCAAAUAUUGCUGGAAGCGAUUUAUCAUCUAUCUCAUGCAACUCUGCCCGUAUUGGUACAUCUCUUCGCUAA